AUGUCACAAUCCACGUCCAUCCCCCGGAAGCAGAUCCGAGUCCGAGACCACGGCUACGACAACUACAUGGAAGUCGAGAAGAAAGUGAGAAAGGUCCUCAAGUUCCAGGAUUUGAUCCUAUCCCAACCCAACAGCAUGCUUUCCGUUUCACGACUUGAUAUGCUCUCCCGCCGAAUUGGGUUCAAGCAAUUUGAAGCGGGUCGGUUUAUCCUCAAGUUUCCGCACGUAUUCGAGGUGUUUGAUCAUCCUGUUCAGCGAAUACUCUUCUGCAGGCUGACAAGAAAAGCUAUUUCUCAAAUUGAUCAAGAAAAUCGCGCCCUUUUGGCCCAAAUCCCCGAUGCAGUGACCCGGCUAAGGAAAUUGUUGAUGCUCUCGAAUACUGGCCGUAUCCGCUUGGAACAUGUCCGCAUUGCUCGCAGAGAGUUUGGUUUGCCUGAUGACUUUGAGUACACGGUAGUUCUAAAGCACCCAGAGUUUUUUCGAUUGUUUGACGCUGAUGAGACUAGGAAUAAAUAUAUUGAGAUUGUAGAAAAGGAUAGGAAUUUAGCCGUAUGUGCUAUUGAGAGGGAGAGGGAAAGGGAUUAUAGAGAAAAGGGUGUUGAUGCAGAGAAUAUCCGGUUUUCCUUUAUUGUGAAUUUCCCGCCUGGAUUUAAGAUUGGAAAGUAUUAUAAGAUUGCUGUGUGGAAAUGGCAGAGGCUUCCUUAUUGGUCGCCGUAUGAGGAUAUUUCUGGAUAUGAUUUGAGGUCAUUGGAAGCUCAGAAGCGGAUGGAGAAGAGGGCAGUCGCAAUGAUUCAUGAGUUGGUAUCAUUGACUGUGGAAAAGAAGAUGACUUUGGAGAGGAUAGCGCAUUUUCGGAUGACGAUGAAUUUGCCCAAGAAGUUGAAGGAGUUCUUGCUCCAGCAUCAAGGGAUCUUUUACAUUUCAACUAGGGGGAAUCACGGGAAGUUGCAUACGGUGUUUCUGAGGGAGGCCUAUAAGAAGGGUGAGUUGGUUGAGCCGAAUGAUUUGUAUUUGGCGAGGAGAAAGUUGGCAGAGCUGAUACUGCUCAGUCCAAGGAAAGUGAAAAUGGAUAAGGAGUUGGUUAAUUAUAGAAGGGAUGGAGAGGAAGACAAUAGAAGUAGGUUUAAGUUUGACGAUGAUUCUGAAUCAAGAGAAAAUGGAAAAGAAGAUGAGGGGAUUCUAGAAGAUUCCUAUGGCAAUGAUGAUCUCAAGGAUGUUUCUGAAUACUCUGACGAUGACAACGAAUGUAACAAGUCUGACUCGGAAAAUUCUUGUGUGACAGAGUGA